AUGAAGGCUACUCUUCUGCUCCUUUUCGUCACCUUAACUUUCGUCCCCUUUGCCUUCCCAUCAAGACAGCUUCCUUCUUCUUCUUCAGCGUCGGGGGCGUCUGUGAUCGACAUUGAAGGCAAGGAGCUUCAACUGGGGCUACCAUACAACGCCCUCUCCAAAGUUUUCAUCUUCCAGCCGGGACUAUGCCUAAUAGACAUCAAGAAUCAAACCAAAGGUUGCUCCCACGACGUCGUUCAGUGCAGCAUAUUCUCCAAGUCCUCCAUCCUGGGCUGGCCCAUCAUCUUUAACACCCCCGCCAACGUCACCGCCGGCAACGUCGUCAAGGAAGGCAUUUCAUACACCGUCCGGUUUCCUGUCUCCGCCGCGGGGCUAUUAUGUAUCCAAGAGAUCUUUUGGGGAUUAGCUGACGUCGAUGUCUUCCGGAAAUACGUCACGACAGAUCCAACCGCCGGCGUCGGCGGCGCCUUAUUCCAGGUCCAGAAAGAGUGGUCGGGAUAUAAGAUCGCUUAUUGUGUAACAAUCCCAGUGCCCCGCGUGCCCGUUUGCUACCCCGUUGGGUUGAUACAGCAGAAUGGAUACAACCGUUUGGGCAUAGGCUUUGGUGUUAAGCCGCUCCAGUUCACCUUCUCCAAGUAUAAUGCCACCACGCCCCACGCCCAUGCCACUUUCUAG